AGGUAGGGUUCCCUUUUAUACAGCCGCAGCCGCAGCGCCACAUGCUCCUGUGCUCUCCACCGUGCCCCUGCCUGUUCCAUCCGUCGCGUGCGUGCGUGCCCCGUCGAGGAGAUUUGGUCUUUGCUAGAGCUUAGAGGAGCCGUCGCCUAGAGGUAGAGGUAGGAUAAGAAUAAGAUGGCCAUUGGCGGAGCGGCGCCGCACGACUCGCCGGGCGGGCUACCGGACUUCGAGAAGCCCCUGCUCCACGCGCACGGUGGCCUGCAAGCCGGCAAGGACCCCGCGGCGGCGCACGACCACGAGGCGCAGUGCUCGCCGGAGGCCGGCGGCGCGACGUCCCUGCGCACAUGCUUCAAUGGCCUCAACGCCCUCUCCGGCGUGGGGCUGCUGUCCAUCCCGUACGCGCUGGCGGAGGGCGGGUGGCUCAGCCUGGUGCUGCUCCUCCUCGUCGCCAUCGUCUGCUGCUACACCGGCCAGCUCCUGCGGACGUGCAUGGGCGCGUCGCCGGACGUGCGCGGCUACCCGGACAUCGGCGCGCUCGCCUUCGGGGCCAAGGGCCGCUUCGCCGUCUCGGCCUUCAUGUACGCCGAGCUCUACCUCGUCGCCAUCGGCUUCCUCAUACUGGAGGGGGACAACCUGGACAAGCUGUUCCCGGGCACCAGCCUCAGCCUCGGCGGCGUGCUCGUCCUCUCCGGCAAGCACCUCUUCAUCGUGCUCGUGUCCAUCUUCAUCCUGCCCACCACGUGGCUGAGGAACCUGGGCGUGCUCGCCUACGUGUCGGCCAGCGGCGUGCUCGCGUCCGUCGUGCUGGUCUUCUGCGUGCUCUGGGCCGCCGUGGUCGACGGCGUCGGGUUUCAGGGGAAAGGGACCAUGCUCAAUGUCAGCGGCCUACCUACUGCGCUCGGGCUCUACACUUUCUGCUACUGCGGCCAUGCCAUAUUCCCGACAUUGUGCAAUUCCAUGAAGGAAAAGGACAAGUUCUCCAAGGUACUAGUCAUAUGCUUCGUCGCAUGCACCCUCAACUACGGAUCCAUGGCCAUACUGGGCUACCUCAUGUACGGCGACGACGUCGAGUCUCAGGUGACCCUGAACCUCCCGGAGGGCAAGCUCAGCUCCAAGCUAGCAAUCUACACGGCGCUGAUCAACCCAUUCUCAAAGUACGCUCUGAUGGUGACCCCCGUCGCGACAGCGGUCGAAGAGAAGCUGCUUGCCGGCAACAAGAGGUCCCUCAACAUGCUCAUCAGGACCUUCAUCGUCAUCAGCACGGUCAUCGUGGCCCUCACCGUCCCCUUCUUCGGCCACCUCAUGGCGCUCGUCGGCUCGCUGCUCAGCGUCAUGGCCUCCAUGCUGCUCCCCUGCAUCUGCUACCUCAAAAUCUUCGGCACGGCGAGGUGUAGCAGGGCUGAGGUCGCGCUGAUCGUCAUGAUCAUCGUUCUCGGCUCCUUGGUUGCCGCAAGUGGGACUUACUCUUCUCUGCAGAAGAUCAUUCACGAGUUCUGAAGCCAAGUGCUCCACGAGUUCAGACGAUGGUAACACCCCUGUCCGUAUGGUUGGUGUUCUGUGGCAAUGCAAAAUUUCCAACAGCGCGUCUGCACUGAACAGCAGCUACGCAGUGUUGUCCUGUCAUGGCAGGUUGUAGAUGAGGCAGGGAUAGUACAGAACAGAUAGUUCUACGCUCAAAUGUACGUAUGUUUGAGAUGAGUAUUUCUGUUUCUAGUAAAGCAGGUAACUGCGUGCUGUUGUAGGACGGUACUGCAUCGGCGUUCCACUGUAAAAAUUCAGAUGCACUGGAUCAUUUUAUUGUAGUUGUGCGGAUUUCA